AUGGCCAAAUCAUUCGCUAUCACCUAUACACAAUCUCAGCAUGGCCAAAAUGAAAGGAAGACGGACUCCGAUGAAAAAAUUGCUGAGGCUGGUACUGUUGAAGUUAAUGCUGACGGAUUAGAAUAUGUUCUUACUGCAUUCAAUGAUUCGAGUUUCAGCAAUAAUUGGAUCAUUGAUUACUCUCUUAUCUCGUAUAAGUCAAUGACUGAAACUAUAAUAUCGUUUUCGAAGACAAAUAUUAUGGCCGGAAUGUAA